CAUAAGCUCACUGAAAGUUUAAUCAAAUUGAUAAUCAAAACAAAAUCGCAAUCGAAAUCGAAAUCAAAAAUCAAAAAUCAAAAAUCAAAAAUCAAAAAUCUAAAUCGUAACUGAUAGACAAAACUAGUUAAAGAGAAAAUUAAACAAAAAAAAAAUAAGAAAAGAAUUCUUCAACAUUCCCUAGUGAAAAUUAACGACAUUUGCACGAUAAAAGAAAAAUUUAAAUUUUUAUAAUAAUUGAAUUAAGCUCAAACACAAAAAUAGGAAAUCAAACGAAAGCAUUUAAUUGAGAAAUUUACGAAUUAUACUAUCUAUCAUACCUUCAAAAUGAUGAAUGCAACAACAAAUGUGAAAUACAAGCGCACGCAAAGCGUACAAUUCCAUGAGAAAUUACUGGACACCCUCCCGGUGUGCCAAGAUUUCAAUAGAUCUAUGUGCAGUCGGUUAAAUUGUAGAUUCGUUCAUUUAACUGAAGAUGAUAAGGUUGAAGUAUGCGAUCAGCGUGUGGCUGUGUGUCGCGAUCACGCUAACGGUCAGUGCAGACGUAAGCAAUGUAAAUAUUAUCAUAUACCGAUUGUGUUGCCGCCGGCGAAUGUUAUGGCUGCGAUAAUUAAUACGAAUAGCAACAGUGGCAGCAGCAGCAACAACAACAACAACAACAGCAGCAGCAGCAAUGGCAUGCACAGCAACAGUAGCAGCAGUAUUAGCAGCGGUGCAAGCAGUCAUAGCAGCAUAAACAACAGCAACAACAACAACAGUAACCACAACCAGAACAAUCAAUUGCAUACAAUCACACAACAGCAGCAACAACAGCAACAACAGCAGCAUGCCAAGUCCGCAGCAGCAACCACUGGCAUCGCCACCAACUACAAUAACAAUUUGAUAAUAAUCGAACCACAACAACACCAACUACACCAACAGCAACAACAACAGUUGCAGCAGCAACACUACAACUAUGUACACCACAACAAUUACACAACAACCACACACUACAGUCCCAGCCAGAGCAGCAAUAGUAGCAGUGGCAACAACAACAGCCACAAUAGCAGCAGCAACAGCAACAACAACAAUAACAACAACAACAACAAACAUGUCACACACACCAUCUACCAUCAGCAAGCGCAACCUACGCCCUAUCAUCUAACACACUUCACCUGCCAUUCGCCCUACUCACCCCCAUCCGCCUCGUCAUCGUCCUCCUGCUCGAUCGCCACCUCGCCCACAGCGCUCACCUCGGCCACAGCGACGCUGCCGACCACCUCCACCGUCACCAUGCCCACAGCGAUCGCCACCAUACCAACAGCGCAGGCGCCGCAUGCCGCUUACUUGAAAGCCGCUGCGCCAGCUGCACAACUUACCGCCUACACUGGCAGCGCGGCGGGUGCGUACGAAUUGUCAGCUGGCGCGCCGCCGCCUACAUUGUUGUUGAGCAGCAGCGAUUACAAUUCAAAUUGCAUUCCGAUUUUGACAGCGCAUCAUCCGCAGCAGCAGCAACAACAACAUCAACUCCAUCAACAACCACAGUCACCAUUAGCCACAGCAGCGGCAUCGUACAUUUAUCCGACCCAUCAUCAUCAUCAUCACCAACAGCAGCAGCAACAGAGCAUGGCAGCAGCGCAACAACAUUUGAUGAAAUAUGCUGCAGCUGCCGCUGCCGCUGCUGCACAAGCAACACAACAUCAAUAUCAUUAUGCAGCAGCGCCACAAUUACUAAACGCUGCAGCGCCGCCACAGCAUAUUCUGACGGCAGUGACAACGAGCGCUAGCGCGCCGCAAACACAUUUGUUAGCGGGUGUGCCAGUAACAAGCGCACCACUUAUGGUGGCAACAACGAAUGCGCCUGUAGCGGCAACAGUAGCGCCAGCGAUUGGUGGUUGUAUAUGAAGUGGUGGAUUGCGUUAUAACGGCGAAACGGGCAACAACUACUACUACAACAACUACUAUGCGCAACAGCAAUGGCUACAGUGUGCGCAGGCAUGCAAUUUCUAUCAGCGACAGCAGCACUAAGAACAAACACAUUACGUAAUAAUAAGUGGCACUAAAGGCGUGUAAGCGUUAGCAGCGCACGUGAGGCGCUGCCUUCAUUUGGGCCAAACGCCGCAACACGAUCGGCUGUUUCUUCAAAGAAAGCAUGCGCGCGCGCCCUCUACAAACUCAUAGCGCAUUGACUCUUCUCUCACUUUGAUGUGCGCCGUAAGUUGUCAGCAACAUUUCAAAUAUACACUCGAUUAUUUUAGCAAUAAGCACUAAAUAAAUACACAUAAUACCGUUAAAUUAUAAAUAUGAUUGUAUAUAUGUGUAACAGCUGCCCUAAGUUGUCAGCCGAGCAAUUUUGUGAGCUCUUUAACUAAUUUACUAAAUUUUUUUUUUAAGUUUUAAACCACUUUGUUAAAUAUUUAAUUUUUAUACAUUGUUUUUGUUUUUCCGUAGUAGAAAAAAAUAAAAUAUGUUAUGAUUUGUAAAGGCACAUAAGUAACUAUUAGCAAUCAAUCAACGUUUAUCGUUUGUCCCCUACUCAUCACCUAGUAUAUAUUAUAUGUAUAUUUGUAAAUUAGUAUAUAAAUUUUAUUGUUGUAAGUUUGAAUCGAAAUGAAUAAUCAUGAAUCAAGAAACACUAAAUACUCAUUAACAGCAAUAAUUGAUUAGUAUUCUAUAUAUUUUAAUUAAAUUAUUCAAAAAUCCCUUCUGGUCAUUGGCGGGUUAAGAGCCACCUCAGCAACGAGUGGUAAAAUAUUUUAAGAAUUUUCUCAAUAUUGCUAGUGGAUUAAAUGACAAAAUUCAAGCAGAAACUUAAAUAUGUUAGUAAACCGGUCGACAGAGGGUUAAAUAAUUAAAAAAAACCAGAAAACAAAAUCCGAAAGCCCCAAAAUUAUGUGAUUGUUAACAGCGGGUUAAGCUAAGUAGUAAAAAAAAAAGGUCAGCUCGUAUUAUGUCAGAUAUAGAAUAGGUUCUACAUUAGCCAAGAAAUAUGGUAGGUUAUAUCAGUGUCGAGACCAUAUAAGUACCACUAAAGGGUUAAUUAUAUGUGCAACAAAAAAAUGUGGCAUAAAUGGAAAGAUAAAUACGAUUUCUAAUAGCGAUAAGGUCGGCAGCUAAUGGUAUGGCUGGGGAUAAACUUUAUGAGAAAGAAUAAUAUAAAUAGGGUGCCAGAAAUUCCUUUACGGAAAGAGCAGUCAGAGAGCGACCGAAAGAGAGCGACCGAAAGAGAGCGGAUGCUUAAAUAUCACUAAUGACAAUGACGAAUUUUCGACUAAAAUCCAACUGCCGUGCUGAAAAGAAAUUGCAAAUGUUGCUUCCACUUUAUACACCUUGACCAGAUUCUUUUAUUAAUAUAAUUUUAUGAUUUUAUUUAAUCUUAUUUUAUUAAUUUUAUUUUA